UAUACAUGACAUGCCUCUGGUUAUUUAAGUUAAUUUAGUUUUAUGUUAAACACUGUUGAGAUGAAUUUAAUGAUAAAGAGCUAAGAAAUGGAAAGUUUAAAAAACCAAGACAGCACAUUGGGCACACUGGUAUCGACUAUGAGAUCAACCGGGAUAAUGUUCCUUACUGUUAUAAUUCUUUUUCCGGCAUCAGUUAGUUUAACGUCAUCAAUUGGCCAUCAACCGUGCACAAACGGAACAGCGUUUGCCAGUCCAAACACGGGAUGUCGCGAUUCACCCACACCUGUCUGUGUCGAGUGUUUCAAAGGGUCAAAUGAAACCAUCGAUUCCAAUAAAAGACGGAACCCUGGACGUGAUUGUUGGACAUAUUUUAAUGAAAAUAAAAUAAUGAGAAUUAGUAUCCUGUCAGUUUUUGGAUUUCUUCUUGUCUGCAGUGCUUGCCUAUUUGUGUACAUGUAUAGAAAUGUCUACAAGUGUCCAAUAACAUAUGCCAAGAAUCCAACUUGUCUCUGGAGUGUAUCAUUCCGCAACCACAAGGCAGGGCAGACAGACGACAUGGAUGCUGUGUUUAUAGUUGACGAGGAUGUGAUGGACUAUGGAUCCAUAGAUAAUCAAAGUAAAUUGCAAGACUGCGACUUCGAAGAAAUUAUACUCGAGUAGUCACCGUCACAGCAAUGACCUCAAACCUUCAAAUGGUGUCUUGUGUGUUAUGUGCAACAUGUUUUUGUUGUUCUUAAAUACAAGUUGAACUGCACUAUGUGUUGAGUUCAUAUAUAUACUUCUUUCAUAAAGGAAACGAAUACUUCCUUUGUUGUAAGUUAGUAGCUUACAAUGUGUGCAUUUGAAAACAUGUACUAGAAUAAC